GCUGAUGCAGGAGGAUUGCAAGUUUAAGGUUAGCCUUAGCUCCUGUCUCAAAAUUUAAAAUAAAAAAAUAAAAGGACUGGGGAUAUAGCUCAUUGAUAGGUUGUCCCUGGAUUCAGUUCCCAAUACCAUACACACACACACACACACACACACACACACACAUAGCAAAAACCCAGAGGGCUACAGUGUAGCUCUGUAUGCUAGAGCACUUGCCUAGCGAACAGAAGUCUCUGGGUUCUAUUCCAGCACUGAGUUAUUAAAAAUCAAACUGAUAAUAAACCUUCAAACCAGAUUAUCCAUAUCAUAUGUUGCGUGAAGUAGUAUAAUAUCUGGGGGUGCCUUUCACAUUAAACUCAUUAUCAAAGUGCAUUUAAGUAAUGAGCAUGCAGAGAAUCGUAGAAUGUAAUUGUCAGUAAUGAAUCAGUUAAGGAAAAAUUAUCUACUAAAAACCGCUUGCUUUCAUUUUAGAAGAGUUGAUAGGUCUUUUUUCUGACAGUAAUUAGAUAGUAGGACCAGUUAUUUUUUUAAAGUGCUCUUCUGGAUUUUGAUGCUAAAUGCAAACCAUGUUCAAAGAAAAAAAUGUGUAGCUUCCUGUAGGAUGAUAUUAUCUCAAUAAUGUGGCAAGAACAUCCUGCUUUAUUUUCUACAGAAAUGUUUCUAAUUGAUUGAUUUUGGUUGAAACUGAAUUGUUCAGUAUUUGACAAAUGACUAUGGACUUCAUGUUAGGAACAACAGGAGGUUCUAUGACACACCUAACCCAUAGCCAACUUGGUAACACUUACUAGUAAUAAUGUGAAGUCUUGCGUAGCCCAAAAGAGCUGUUCAGGUGUAGACUGUGAGAGAACAAGAGUAGUCCAAGAGUUCAGCGAUUUCAAUAUAAAUUAGUAUUAUGACGGAACUCCUGAGGAACUCCUACAGUAUUCUAGGGACUCUUUCUUUUGGGUCAGUGUCAAGAUUGAGGAUGAGGUGUCUAUUCUGUUCAUGAGUUACUUGGUUCUGGAGACCAUAUUUGGAGAGGAAACAUUGAAAUACUGAGGCAGGAAAUGAGGACAAGUACAUGAAAUACUGAGGCAGGAAAUGAGGACAAGUACGAUGCUGAAAAGCCUGAGAACACUUCAGUGUGGAAGGAGGUGGAGAAAGACUCAGAGGAACAAGAAAGGCCCUUCAGCUAUUUGAUGGGCAUCACUGAAGAGGUGACCACGGGCCUUUCAGAGAUGAAUGCAUUCUUGGAUGAUCCAGAAUUUGCCGAUAUUAUAUUGAGAGCAGAACAAGCAAUAGAAUUGGGAGUUUUUCCACAAAGAAUUUCUCAAGGCUCAAGUGGAAGUUACUUUGUAAAGGAUCCUAAGAAGAAAAUUAUUGGUGUUUUUAAACCAAAAUCAGAAGAGCCUUAUGGUCAAUUGAAUCCAAAAUGGACCAAGUAUGUCCACAAGGUCUGCUGCCCUUGCUGCUUUGGCAGAGGCUGCCUGCUUCCCAACCAGGGCUACCUUUCUGAGGCUGGGGCCUACCUCUUGGAUGAAAAGCUUCAUCUGGGCAUUGUACCUAAAACAAAGGUGGUUUGGCUUGUCAGUGAGACAUUUAAUUACAGUGCAAUUGACCGAGCAAAAUCAAGAGGCAAAAAGUAUGCCUUACAGAAAGUGCCAAAAGUAGGUAGAAAGUUUCAUCGGAUAGGACUACCUCCUAAGAUUGGUUCCUUUCAGUUAUUUGUUGAAGGUUACAAGGAGGCUGAAUAUUGGCUUAGGAAAUUUGAAGCUGAUCCUUUGCCUGAGAAUAUUAGAAAACAAUUUCAGUCACAAUUUGAAAGAUUAGUUGUUUUGGAUUACAUCAUCAGAAACACAGACAGAGGAAAUGAUAAUUGGUUAGUCAGAUAUGAAAAGGAGAAAUGUAAAAAAGAAACUGACCGUGAGGUCUUAAACUGGAUCAGUGAUAAAGAAUUGCUUAUUAAAGUAGCUGCAAUUGAUAAUGGUCUAGCAUUUCCUUUUAAACAUCCUGAUGAAUGGAGAACAUAUCCAUUUCACUGGGCGUGGCUUCCUCAAGCAAAAGUUCCUUUUUCUGAAGAAACAAGAAACUUGGUUCUGCCAUAUAUUUCUGACAUGAACUUUGUGCAAGAUUUAUGUGAAGAUCUUUAUGAACUUUUUAAGACUGACAAAAGUUUUGACAAAGCUACUUUUGAAAGUCAGAUGUCUGUGAUGAGGGGUCAGAUCUUAAAUCUUACUCAGGCACUGAGAGAUGGGAAGAGUCCUGUUCAGCUGGUCCAGAUGCCUUGUGUGAUUGUGGAACGCAGUAAAGGGGGAAGUCAGGGUCGGAUUAUCCACCCGGGCAGCUCCUUUACCCAGACUGUCCAUUGCAGGAAACCAUUUUUUUCCUCCUGGUAGCAGGUGUAAGAGAAACAACUGUUGGGCAUUAUUGCAUUGUUAAAACAUUGCAGCAAUGUAAAUCUGCUGUUAAGAGCUCCAGAUGCCAAAACUAUUUAAGUCCUUAAAAUGGUUACAUUUUGAAUGUAAUCAAAGUUUACAGUUUUUUGUCCAAAUAUUAAAUUUCUAUAUCAGGGAAGAAGUGAUAAGUCUUCUACAUUGUAUUUUUGUAGAAAAUAUGUAUUUUGUGUUUUUGUUAGUGUAAAAGGUAAAUUCAUGGUUUACACAGCUAGAAUGACUGUAAUUACUGUAUAAUUUAAAGUAGAAAAAUUAGAUAUUUGUUGACUUUGAAUACAAUGACAUUUUCUGUAUUUUUUAAACAUUGGGGAGAAUGUUCUUGUUAACUCUUCUUUUGUUGCAUUACAAAAGACCUUUGAGGGUGGGUAAAUCUGAAACCACUCCUGUGAACUUAAGAGUAGUCCUUAGAAAAAUAGGUAAGAAUAAAGCAAUGCUGCCUUAAUUUUAAAAGCUGCUAUUUUAGAACUUGAAUAAGUGCCGCUAAAGUGGUCAUUUUGGGGGACCUAAAAAUUAAAUAUGUUGUUGAAGUGACAGAGACCAUUUUCUUUUUUGUACCUUAAAAUUUUUUUUGUGAGGGGUGGUAAUCAGGAAUUGAACUCGGGGGCACUUAACCACUAAGUCAUAUUCCCAACCCUUUUUUAUUUUCUAUUUUGAGGCAGUGUCUUUCUAAGUUGCUUAUGACCUUGUUAAGCUGGCUUUGAACUUGUGAUCCUCCUGCCUCAGCCUCCCAAGCUACUGGGAUUACAGGAGCAUGCUCCCAUGCCUGGCACCUUGGCAUAUUUUUGAUGAUUUAUUUUGUUUAGUAAGAAAAAAACAUCUAAAAAUAUUCCCCCUUUAAAAAACAAAUGGAUAGGGGACUGGGGUUGUAGCUCAGUGGUAGAAUGCUUGCCUAGCAUGUAUGAGGCACUGGGUUUGAUCCUCAGCACCACAUAAAAGUAAAUAAGCAAAAUAAAGGUGUUGUGUCUAUCUACAACUAAAAAAAAUUUUUUAAUGGAUAUAUUCAAAUGAGACUUGAGGGGAAUAAUGUAAAUUUAAGGUAGAUCUCUAGUAUUUUGAAAUUUCACAAGAACCUUAAAAAUUCCCUUUUGUUUCUUACAUGAGAUCAAGUGAUUAAUCAAUCAGUUCUUCAGAGUCUUGUUCAUUUUAGUAUUCAGUUAGUAUUAAAAUCACGGAAAAGUAAACUGUCCCUAAAGUGUGUAUUGGAUUGUGUUAUAGAUUUCUCAAUAAUAAGUUCUUAAAAAUAAUAGUGGUGCUUGAAAUUAUAGAUGCUGUUAUAAUUAGAGCCGGUUUUAGAUUAUUAGCCCAAAUUAGAGGUAACCACAAAUUAUUUAUAUUUGAUUUUGAAGUUUACUUUUAUAUUUUAUUUUGAAUAUGAGUAUGUCUCAUAUUCUUGGAAUUUAUAACACUAUUAAGUCACAAAGUGAUUCAAAUUAAAAUGAGCCUAAUAUAAAGAUGUGAUUCCAGAGGAGAAAAGUUUAAUUUCUUCUUCAAUCUCAGAGCUAGUAACAUCAUUACUUGGACUAAACUGGGCAAUUUGUGGUCUUGGUCUUUUGUUUUUUAGGUUUACUUUUCGUGAUUUUUAAAAAAUGAGUUAUUUUUGUGUAAAAAGCAUACUCAAGUGGUUAUUUUAGGAUAUAGGACAGAUCUGCAGUCUCUUCCUCAAAUCACUCUUGAUAUUCAUGGAUGUGAUGAAUGAGCAUAUUGCUGCCUUUGAGGAGCUAAUUGGAAACCUGUGUCCUAUCUUCUACAACCUUCCAUUUACUCAGUUUGAGAUAAAUGGAAAAAUUACUGGAAAAUCAAAACUCAAAGUACUAUCUUUAGGUAAAUACUAGUAAUCAAAAUGUGCCUUUUGAAGAUGUAUCUAAAAGGAAGGAUAUCACUUGUUGUGAUAUGGGUCUGUCUGACUUUCAUAAACAAUUUUUUUUUAGUAUUUUGAGAAUUACUAUCUUAAUUUUUAUAAUGGAGAACUUAGUAAAUUGCUACUGUUUUAUAACUUAAAAUAACGUGAAUAUAUUUUUAAAUGUCUGACCAUGAUACAAAAGUAAAGUUGAGAUAUUUAAGAUAAGUUUACAAGUUAGGGUACAUUGGCAUUGGCUGUGUUUUGUAAACUUUCAUGAACUUAAUUCUUACUUAAAUAUUGUGUUUUCUUCAGUGAGUAUAUUUAUUUAUAUUGUCAAACCUGGUAGACUAAAGGUAAUAAAAUUGUCUUGAGGCUAGA